AUGAGACACACAAAGCUACUAAGCAACAUCUACUCAACGAGACAUACAAAGCUACAAGGAAGCAUCCACUCAACGAGACAUACAAAGCUACAAGGCAACAUCCCCCACACGAGACAUCCAAAGCCACAAGGCAACAUCCACUCAACGAGUCAUACAAAGCUACAAGGCAACAUCCACUCAAAGAGACAUACAAAGCUACUAAGCAACAUCUACUCAACGAGACAUACAAAGCUACAAGGCAACAUCCACUCAACGAGUCAUUCAAAGCUACAAGGCAACAUCCACUCAACGAGACAUACAAAGCUACAAGGCAACAUCCACUCAACGAGUCAUACAAAGCUACAAGGCAACAUCCACUCAACGAGACAUACAAAGCUACAAGGCAACAUCCACUCAACGAGACAUACAAAGCUACAAGGCAACAUCUACUCAACGAGACAUACAAAGCUACAAGGCAGCAUCCACUCAACGAGACAUACAAAGCUACAAGGAAGCAUCCACUCAACGAGUCAUACAAAGCCACAAGGCAACAUCCACUCAACGAGUCAUACAAAGCCACAAGGCAACAACCACUCAACGAGACAUACAAAGCCACAAGGCAACAUCCUCUCAACGAGACAUACAAAGCUACAAGGCAACAUCCACUCAACGAGUCAUACAAAGCUACAAGGCAGCAUCCACUCAACGAGACACACAAAGCUACAAGGCAACAUCCACUCAACGAGACAUACAAAGCUACAAGGCAACAUCCACUCAACGAGACACACAAAGCUACACGGCAACAUCCACUCAACGAGACAUACAAAGCUACAAGGAAGCAUCCACUCAACGAGUCAUACAAAGCCACAAGGCAACAUCCACUCAACGAUCAUACAAAGCCACAAGGCAACAUCCACUCAACGAGUCAUACAAAGCCACAAGGCAACAUCCACUCAACGAGUCAUACAAAGCCACAAGGCAACAUCCACUCAACGAGACAUACAAAGCUACAAGGCAACAUCCACUCAACGAGUUACACAAAGCAACAAGGCAGCAUCCACUCAACGAGACACACAAAGCUACAAGGCAACAUCCACUCAACGAGACACACAAAGCUACAAGGCAAUAUCCACUCAACGAGACAUACUAAGCUACAAGGCAACAUCCACUCAACGAGACAUACAAAGCUACAAGGCAACAUCCACUCAACGAGACAUACAAAGCUACAAGGCAACAUCCACUCAACGAGUUAUACAAAGUAACAAGGCAACAUCCACUCAACGAGACAUACAAAGCUACAAGGCAAUAUCCACUCAACGAGACAUACAAAGCUACAAGGCAACAUCCACUCAACGAGACAUACAAAGCUACAAGGCAACAUCCACUCAACGAGACAUACAAAGCUACAAGGCAACAUCCACUCAACGAGACAUACAAAGCUACAAGGCAACAUCCACUCAACGAGUUAUACAAAGCAACAAGGCAACAUCCACUCAACGAGACAUACAAAGCUACAAGGCAACAUCCACUCAACGAGACACACAAAGCUACAAGGCAAUAUCCACUCAACGAGACAUACUAAGCUACAAGGCAACAUCCACUCAACGAGACAUUCAAAUCUACCGGUAA